AUGUCCGCACAGUAUCCACCCUCAUCACCAAUAGCGUCCUUUAGAGACGACGACAACGACCCAUUUUACCAGCCUGUCGAGAAAGAGUCGGCCUCUACGCUCAAUUUUUUUAAGAGAAAGACUGGCGUUAGCCAUGCGACCAAGUAUCCAACUCCCAACCCAUCGUCGACACUCGGUAAGUCGUCACCGUUGAAAACCAGUGCGAAAUUGCUUUCCAGUUCUCAAACACCCUCUGAAUGCGAGUUCGAGCACGAGCUGCACCGUGAACUCAACUUCGCACCAGUGUCGACCUCUGCAGAACCGCUGGAGAUUCCAUUAGACCCUCGGUUCGAGACAAGAGUGUCCGUGGGACGGAAGAAUACCCUCUGCGAUGUGGUGCUGCCUCGUCAUAAAAACGUUUCUCGACUACACGCCUUUGUUACUUACUCUCCACAAACCAAAGAGGUUCAGGUAGAAUGCAAAGGCACGAACGGACUCGUUGUUGUGUUUCCUGUAAAGCUGGACUUGAAAUUGACUAUCAGUGCUGAGCACGCCAAGACAUACAGACUUGUAGAUGAAGCCAACUGCGACCUUUUACUGGCAACGAAAGAGCUGGUUCGGGACACCGAGCUCACCUCUUUUGUGGUUUUGCAAGGCGAAACGGUAUACAUGCCUUACAUCAAGCACACUAUACUCGACUUCAGACAGGUAGAGUGUGAGCUUAAUCUCAAAGAAGCUUUAGAUGACAAUUACGACGAUCUGCAAAACGAGACGGAAACAGAGGAUGAACUUGUGCCGCUAAAUAUUACAAGUGACGAUUUUCCACAAGAACCACACACGCCCCCUCGUAUAAUGACGCCUCCUUCUUUCCAGGGUCCGUCUUCAUCGCCAAAAUUACACAUGAAGCCACUUUCACAGGCUGUCAAGAACCUUCCAUCGACGAUACCACAGCCAAAGCCUGAAGCUACUAUUGAGCAGAAUGUCCCUUCCAAUGUACCACAAUCGAGCCCCAUUGCUGAGGCUAGACAGGUUAUUGGAUCUACAACAUCGCACACAGAGCCAGCAGCUCGAACAAAGCAGGAUCUUUCUUCAGUACGCUCCCACAGUACUAUUCAAAAUGUCAAAACUGAAAUUGAGCAACAGAGACCCAUGGAGACCAAAGGCAAAGAUCAGAAGAAGACUCCAAAGUCAUUGAAAGAUGCCAAGGAUGAGCAUUCUGCAAAACACACUAAAGUGGAGACAAUCACUGUUCCUGGGCGUGUGGGAAGCGAUCCCAGCAUAAAGCCAUCAGAAAUACCCAAAACGCCUGAAAAACGAAAGGAAAACUCACACACAGGUAAAACAGGCGUUCCUCUUCGUCAUACCGAUGAAAACUCGCGCCGUCGCAAGUAUGCGUCUCCUUCCCCGAUCAAAAAUCACAAACGAAAGAACCAGCCCGAAAAAGCCCAUAUAUCAAGUGCCGACAUACUUCUACAGGUUGCCUCUCGAGGAAUUGCUGUAGCAGACCUCCAGCAUGUGUUGGCUAACCAUCUGGCAUUCUCGAAUGUGCAGCAGGUUCCAUUCUCUCAACUUCGAGACGUAAACUCAACCAUCUCUAAACUAAAGGCCUUUGAAUUACGUGCACUUCUAGAGGCCGCAAAGUGCAUCGGUGUGAUCUAUCGAAAGGGCAAAGACGCUGCUGGUAGACCACUGGACGAAGAGUACUACUACGAUCUGGAAAAUGAUACGGACGCUAAUAGACGACAAUUGGUAUCCUCGUUGAAAGGUGGCAGAUCAGGUUUAAGAAGUUGCAGAAGAGUUCAUAAGCAGUACUUCUGGAAGAAACCCACCAAAUGA